UGCUCUCAGGCUCAGCUUCAGUCAGCUCAGCUUCCUGCCCUAUUCAGUGCGGCAGGGGCCAAGGAAGUGAAUAAGAAGAUGCUGCGUUUACUCAUUCUGUUCUUGAUUCUUCGAGGUGCAGCAGCUGCAACAUCAGAAGACACAGAAGGAAAUUCUUCAGGAGAUAAUAUCAGUGACGAUGAGGAUUUUGAUGAUGUAGUGAAGCCUAGGCGUCCUGUAUAUGCAGUUCCCGAAAUUCCUAGAGCAAGUCCUGGAUCAGAUAAAUCCACAGGAGACGAUGAAGAUAAUGGAGGUGGAACAUUGGUAAUCAUCAUAGCUGCCGUUAGCGUCGUAGUUCUGGCCAUUGGAGGUAUUGUAGCUGUUGUACUCUUCAGACGCUACUUGCAAAGCCGAGAACAGGGGGUCUACUCUGUGCCAGCAGAGCAAGGACAGAAAGCUGCUGUCUAACCAUCAGGGCCUUUUCAUUUCCUCUCUCCACUGGAUCCUUUCAGGGACGUGCUGCAAGCAUGUGAUUCCUCAUCUGGACGUAUCUAUAUCUAUAGCGGAUUCUAUAACAUCAGUAGACGAGAAUGUGUUGUUAUCACAAAUUUUCUACGAACCGUUUUUAAAUGCACAAUGUAUACUGUUCAUGCACACAUGCUGAAUGUUGCACUCACAGAGAAAGUCCUUGGACUGUGUAGUACAGCUCAUUGGAACUUUUUCCUCACUGCCUGCAAUUCUUUUUUAUUUAAAUCAAGUUCAGACAGUUUUUAAACUCUGCUUAAAGGUGUGUAAUAUUUUCCAUUUUUAGAUAUUCUCCUUAAAAGUAAGCCAUUCAUAGUCAUCAAAAAUAUAAACAAACACCGUGGCUCUGUUUAUUUGAGGAUACUGAUGCAACAACAUUGGUUCAGCCAAUGGCGUGAGUUUGGGGCGGGACUAUCUAAUUAACUAGCCAACGGCAGACAGUGCCACAGAAAUCAUGAACUGCAGCUUUAAGCAAACAUCCUCCUUAUUUUUGGUCCCUGUCCUCAAACGUUAGCUGUCCCCAGUGCAUUUAAAGUUACAAAAUCAAGGCGGCUAAAAGAUAAAGCUGGCAUCUAGCUCUCUUGAUUAUUUGACAAAAGAGAGAAAAACAAGUGGAAAAGUGGCUCUGAACACCCACUUGUCAAAUGGUGAAUUAAUCAACUGCUUUAAAUAACGAUGUUGCUUUCUUUUUCCUUUCUUUCACCCUGGCCAACUCCUCUAAAGCACAGCAGAUUGUAAAUAUCUCUGGGAUGCUGGGUAGCAGACUAAUGUUUCAUAGGCUAAUACUCCUGGCUUUAAUAGGGAGACAAUCCGAUGGGUGGACGGAAUAAAGAUUCAACACGCAGCCUAGCUACAACGAGGUCCAAAAGUCCAUUACACACUUUAAAAACUGAUUUUUGAAAAGUUGUCAAUAAAGAUUAUUUGAGAUGAUUCUACUUCAAAAUUGUACAUUUGAUUCAAAAGGGCUUUUCACGUUUAUAAUAGUUAACCCUGGAUCAUUCUAAGCAGGUUUUCUUGUUUCACACUGCUCAUAAUUCACCUGGGGUUAAUUAAUUGGAUGUUGUUAAUCAAUAUUUAACACUGUACAUUCCUAAACCCUGGUUAAUGAUCUUAUUUACGUAUUCGCAAUGCAUUGUCAUUGAUUGGAUGAAUGCAGCAUGUGACCUGUUUACAGCAUUGCGCACCCUUAUUGCAGAUGUACUAAAGUUUUUUUUCCGUUGGACUACAAAGGUAAGAAUGAAACUCCAAUACACGUGUUUCGAGUCACCCUCAGACAUUUUUUCCACUCAAAGAAAUGACUGUUAAUGACAAGUCAAUAUGAGGCAUGCGAUAGGGUGUCUAUUGUUAAGAUUUCUUGCACCAUAAAAGCGAUGUCAAACCGGCUUAAAUUACAAGUGUAAAACCUACUUUUUGUUAAAAGCGGAGUCUGUAAGGAUAGUAAACUGGGGUAACGCAAAGGUGUGAAAAGCCCAAAUGUGUCACUUUACACUUUAAAGGUUGUCAAUUUACUAGCAGUUUCUGAAUGAAUUCCAAUUUAACAACAUUAGAAACAUUUGAAGACACAUUACAUUAUCAGUAUAAAGAAAUUAGUGGAAAUAGACAAAAAAAAUAAAUUUUCAGAUUUUGAAUCCCAGAGCUUUAGUGUGGACUCAGACUUUUGGACCCCACUGUAUCCACAGCAUCAUUGAUUGAAACUAAGACAGUAUAGCAAGCUGCUUAUCUUCCUCUUUCUCUCUCAUCUUUUUUCUUCCAUUUUUCAGAUUAAAAUGGAAAUCAAUCAAAGCCUUUUUAGCCUGAGUUUUGAGACUCAGAGCGUCUCAGCUCUUUACUCUGAAUUUACACAAAGACGACAGGCUAGCAGACACUUUUAACACUGCUGAGGCAAAGUUAUUCUGUGCUUUCUUGCCAUCUUGUUAAAGGGACAGUUCACCCCAAAAUGAACAUUUUGUCAUCAUUUACUGACCCUAAUGUUAUUCCAGAUCUAUAUGACUUACUGUCUUCUGUUGAACACAAAACAAGAUUGGGGUCCAAAAACUUUGGCCCCCAGUUGAGUUUUAUUGUAUAGAACUGCCUGUCCCACCCAGCCUGUGUAUACAGUAUAUGUACAACAUGGGAGGGCUGCUAACCCAGAUCACUUUUUAAAAAUGUUUCCAUUUCCUUUCUAGCUGAAUUUUCUGUUUCUUGAUCACCUGCUUUUCUUGAGCUUGCCGGUUUUCUAUUUAAAUCGAAAUGAAAUCCAAUCUUGCGUGCAUCAGACAGCUUGAGCUUGUUACUUUGAUGCGUGUGGGUGUGUAUAAAGGCAUUAGUGUGUAAUAUUAAUCAAGAUUUGCAAUAUAGCUAUUCUGGUAAAUCAUUUGCUAAAAGUGUCCUUAGACAAUAGCAUUUCAGACAACUGGAAUUGGAAAAACAGGAAAAACAACAACAACAAAAAAAAAACAUUUCAGCUCCUUUGAGUCAUUUUGACAUUUUCCUCCCACUUUUUAAUAGAGUUUUUUUUUAAAAAAUUUUUUUUAAAUAAACCGUUGGGUUUUAUUACCUUUCCAACUUUCUCUUGGGCUUUUUGGGCAGGUUGCUUUAUGCCAUGUGAAGGGACUUUAUAAUGUAAAAAAAAAUUUAAAUAAAUAAAAAGAUUUGAUAUUCCCCCAUUCAAGUAACUCCACACAUGAAUCAUGUACAUCUUGUUAUCAUGUAAGAUAACAUUCGGUUCACGCAGAUUCACAUUUCAAUUCUGUUACCGGUUUCUCUUAGUGGUUGAAGUAAGAACGGAGUGGAAAAUGCAGAUGUAGAUUUUCCCUCCUAAGGUCGCGCUCAACAGUCUUUGAAGAGAAAACCAUAAGAGAUUGUAUUGUAUUUCCUUUCAAUAGAGGCUGUUUCUGACAUCAGCGCUUAUUUUCUUUUAUGUUAUGUAAGGUAUUCUGCCAGCCAAAAUGUAUACUUAAAAUAGUUUUAUGAGACGUUUAUGUGGUAUGAAAGAGAUUAUCCAUUUAUAUUUUUCUUUUAUAAAUGUUAUCAGUAGUGUUUUUCUUUGAACUCUUUUGUAGCACAGUGUCACUGGAUAAAUCAGCAUAAUAAAUCAUGUCGUAGUCGAAACUAUACGCCUUGUUUUCAAUAAUCCAUACAUUUGUCUUUCUGAGUGCAUUUGACCAACAGUUUGAUAAAGUACUAUACUACACUCCCAGUGCUCAAGAACAGAGUCCGGAGCGUUGGCAGUGUACAGCCUUGAUUCCUCAUGACAACUGUUGCCAUUAUUAAUGGACAUUUGUGUGAUUUCUACUGAAGUUUAAAGGUUAAUGCCUGUUGCUGUAUAUAUUUUAUAAGACAACCUGUCAUCUAUUUGUUGUAUGAGACCUGUUUUAAAUAAAUUUUAUUGUUCUCAA